GCUCCGGGCCCGGGGAGCAGCCCGGAAGGGGAGCGCAGGCGGCGGGGCCGUGCGGGGAGAACGACGACGCCAGGACAGCCUCGGGCGAGGACUGGAAACCUUCCCGGGGACGGGAGAAGGGGCUGCCUGCGGAGCGUGGCGGGGCCCGGCGGAGUCCCAGGGUGCCAUCCCCGCCCGCCUCACCUGCUCGGGAUAAGGCUUCUGGGGCUGCCUGGCAGGCCUCGGAGCAGCGCUUCCUCCGGAGGUAGAGUCACUCGUGGGGCCGGGAGGACUGAAAAGAUGCAGACCCAGUGACUCUGUAGCCAGUGCCAAAGCCCAGAAGAGACCCAGGGAGUUAACUUACACUGUUAACCCCAAAGAAGAAGUCAUUAAAGGAUCUGGCAAGCAGCUCUGGUGAGGAUCAACUGAGGGAACUGGAGAAGAGGCUGAGAGGAGACCUUUUGGCCCUCUGCAACUUCCUGAAAGGAGGUUGGAGCCAGGGUGAAGAUCCAUCCCCAGUUUCUUCUGCUGAGCUGUGGAACCCUUUUUAACCUUCAAGCUGGCGAUGUCAAGGGUGCCGAGUCCUCCUCCCCCGGCAGAGAUGUCGAGUGGGCCUGUGGCAGAGAGCUGGUGCUACACUCAGAUCAAAGUGGUGAAGUUUUCCUACAUGUGGACCAUAAACAACUUUAGCUUCUGCCGAGAAGAAAUGGGGGAGGUCAUCAAAAGCUCAACCUUCUCAUCUGGAGCCAAUGAUAAACUCAAAUGGUGUUUGCGUGUCAACCCCAAGGGCUUGGAUGAAGAGAGCAAAGAUUACCUCUCCCUCUACCUGCUGCUGGUGAGCUGCCCCAAAAGUGAAGUCCGAGCAAAGUUCAAGUUCUCCAUCCUGAAUGCCAAAGGAGAGGAAACAAAAGCAAUGGAGAGCCAGAGAGCCUAUCGGUUCGUGCAGGGCAAGGACUGGGGCUUCAAAAAGUUUAUCAGAAGAGAUUUUCUCUUGGAUGAGGCCAAUGGACUCCUUCCAGAUGACAAACUCACUCUCUUCUGUGAGGUGAGUGUGGUGCAGGACUCUGUCAAUAUCUCCGGGCAGAACACCAUGAACAUGGUGAAGGUGCCGGAGUGCCGCUUGGCCGAUGAGCUGGGAGGACUGUGGGAGAACUCGCGCUUCACGGACUGCUGUCUGUGCGUGGCAGGCCAGGAGUUCAAGGCUCACAAAGCCAUCCUAGCAGCGCGCUCCCCGGUGUUCAGCGCCAUGUUCGAGCACGAGAUGGAGGAGAGCAAGAAGAAUCGGGUUGAGAUCAAUGAUGUGGAGCCUGAAGUGUUUAAGGAGAUGAUGUGCUUCAUUUACACGGGGAAGGCCCCAAACCUUGACAAAAUGGCUGAUGACUUGCUGGCAGCUGCUGACAAGUACGCCCUGGAGCGCCUGAAGGUGAUGUGUGAGGAUGCUCUGUGCAGCAACCUGUCCGUGGAGAAUGCAGCAGAGAUCCUCAUCCUGGCUGACCUCCACAGUGCUGACCAGCUCAAAACUCAAGCAGUGGACUUCAUUAACUAUCAUGCUUCUGACGUGAUGGAGACCUCAGGCUGGAAGUCCAUGGUAGUGUCCCACCCCCACCUGGUGGCCGAGGCCUAUCGCUCCUUGGCCUCUGCACAGUGUCCCUUCCUGGGCCCCCCCCGGAAGCGGCUGAAGCAAUCCUAAAGCCCUCUGCUCCCUCCUCGUGUUUGUCUGGAAGCAGCAUCAACUUUGGCUGCUGUUUGCAAAAGAAACAAGAACAAAACAAACCUUUGACCACCAGGUAGACAGCAAAAUCCGUGGAGCUUUUUAACUCUGUUGCUGGGGGGCAAGAGAACUGCUUCGUGACCCCCAGACUUUUACAGAACAGCACCAAGCAACUUGGGGAGCUGGGGGGAGGGGUGGGCCUGGGGGCUCUGGGGGCUGUUCAACCUAACAAAUCCCUGUCUCUGCAUCGUCUGUGUGUUCCCUUCGACUUGGCUGAGUCAAUUAAGUGCAGGGUUGGCUUUAAGGCUCCCAACCCGAGGCCAGAAUCAACCCAGGAGUGGCUACUGGGGUGGGAGGGGGAGGGCAGCAAACAUCUCCUCUCUCUGCGUCUGGCAGCACAGAACAAACCCCAAACAAAAACCUCUUCAGACGCCUCGGAGCCAAGAGGACAUUUGAGCUUUUGGAGGGCAGAGGAUUGGAGGGGUUCAAAGGCAAAAAGAAAAGAGACUGAG